AUGUGGUUUGCGAAGAAUCCUGAUGGAUCCAGAGUGUUCAAUCACCGUUGUCUUUGGGUGGAUCAAACGGGCAUGCUCAUUCAGAGCCUUGCAGAUGUUUCUCUUGGAACUGCUUUUGAAGGUCUGGCCAUUCAGUUUGCUACGCCUGAGGCUGCUCUUGCGGAUGCAGAGCGUCGCACGAGGACCAUACUUGAGCUCCAUAAUUUGUACCCAUCUGGUGCUUCUGUGGAUGAGAAGCACCGUUGUGGUGGAAUUAUCCGAUCUGUUGAGUCUCGGAGUCCAUGGUACAAGAUUCAGUUAUUCUUGCGUGACUCAACGGGAGAGGCACCUUUUAUAAUUUUUGGGCCAACUGGUAAUAAUUUGGUGUUCACAUCUGCCCACCUACUUGCUCAGAAAUAUCCUCAUAGAACUGGGCAGCUACCACCCGAGAUGAGUAAUUUCAUUGGCCAGUUUGUGAGAUUUGAAGUCAAGCUUCCUAUGAUGAGUUCUAAUGGACUGUCCACUGGAGAGUUCAGGGUAUUCCGAGUACUUCCUCAGGAUAAUAAGGGUUUGUUGCCCGCUGUUGUUGCUCUAGUGCAAAUAAUUACUGGUGGAACCCAGGGUAGGCUUGCUUUGCAGGGUAUGCCUGAACAAUGUGGAGUGCUUAUGUUGACUGGACCAACUGAGUCAUUGCCUGUGAGCAGUUCUGUAUCCUACUCCGGCCAGUAUCAAAGUCCGUUGGUCGUUAGAGAAGGUGCUGGUGCUAUGCCGUUGGGACCUCAGUCUUUGCCACAGCCCAUUUCCAGCAGAACUCUUCUGUCCCUAGCAAUGUUGGGAAGUGUUGUUGAUUUCAUGAGUUCGUGUGAGCAACCGUCUUUGCGUUCAUCAGAUGAAGUUGGGAAGGAGUUUGGGACUCCUCAAAGUAAGGUUAGUAAGACAUCAUCGUCAUCGGGUGCAAUCAGGGAAGAGUUUGGAACUCCUCAGAGUAAGAUUAGCAAGACAUCAUCUACAUCGACACCCUCUUCAUCGCCGUCGGCAAAUCUGUUGGUGUCGCCGUUGGCAAAGGAUGACGUUUGGAGCUCAGGGGAGUUGUUUGCUGGUACUUGGAAGUUGGUUUUUGAAGAACUCAUAGACUCAUCAGUCAUCAUGACCCCAAGAAAGAAGCCAACAACUAACAAGGUGUUGAAACGAAAGUGGAAUGAUGAUUCUCUAAGUUCUGGAAUCACUGAUGUUACACCAUCUGCUUUUCCACCAGUUCUCAGGGACAACACAAGAAUGAAUAAGAAAUCCCGCCAGCUUCCUUUUAUGCUCUCGGCUGAAGAUACAGAGCUCUCAGGAUAUAUUGGCAGGACUGCAGCUCCUCAGGACCCUUACACAACACACAUGGAAGGUCAAACCUCAAGACAAAAUCCUCCAAGUCUUCCCCUGGAGAGGCAACCUGGCCCUGUCAACAAAAAGCAAAACUGGAUCCUCGCUCUCUAA